AUGAAGGCAGUGGGGUAUUGGCAAAGUAGAGGAGAUCAAGCCUUAUUCAUAAAGCAUUCCAAGAAAGGUACUCUAACAAUUCUACUUGUUUAUGUUGAUGACAUAAUUGUUACUGGCAAUGAUGAGGAUGAGAAGAAAUUGCUAAAAGGAAAUUUGGCCCGAGAAUUUGACAUCAAAGACCUUCGUAGGCUCAAGUAUUUCUUGGGAAUAGAGGUUGCAUACUCAAAUGAGGGUAUAUUUCUUUCCCAAAGAAAAUAUACCGUGGAUUUAUUGGAAGAAACUGGAUUGCUAGGUAGCAAGGCAACAAAUACUCCCUUAGAUCCUAACUUGAAAUUAGGACCAAGUGACAAUCCAUUGGUGGAUAAGGGGAGAUACCAGAGGUUAGUAAGAAAGCUGAUUUACCUAUCUCACACCUGGCCUGACAUAGCUUUUGCUAUCAGCUUAGUGGUGAAGACGGAAUUGGCUAAGGCACGAAAUAGAAUGAAGCAAUUGGCUAACAAGAAGCGCAGUGAGAGGGAAUUUUCUAUAGGGGAGGAAGUUUAUUUGAAGUUGAGCCAACAACACCUCAAGGCUCUAACCCACCAGCCAAUAUCCAAUCUAAGCCCCAAGUACUAUGGGCCAUUUCCUAUCCUGGAGAGGAUAGGAACAGUGGCCUAG